CGCACCGUAGGCCAUAAAGGCCCGGAUGCGGAAGAGCCGCGCUCACUUCCGGUCUGUACGCGGCGGCUGCGGGUUGGAGCAACCGACGCUGGGCUGAAACCAUGCCUCGCAAGAUUGAGGAGAUCAAGGACUUCCUGCUGACGGCGCGGCGGAAGGACGCCAAGUCUGUCAAGAUCAAGAAGAACAAGGACAAUGUGAAGUUCAAGGUGCGCUGCAGCCGGUACCUCUACACCCUGGUCAUCACCGACAAGGAGAAGGCCGAGAAGCUGAAGCAGUCCCUGCCCCCAGGUCUGGCCGUGAAGGAGCUGAAAUGAGCUGGGGUGAGCUGGGUACCUGUUGGAUUCUCUGUUUGUUAAAAUAAAUAAAAAACUGUU